GCGCGACGGAGUCCCGGGGGCGGUGCUGCUACAUCCGGGUGUCUGGCGUCUUGUAGCUGUUUUGUUUUCUUGGCUGGAACUAGGAGGAGGGUCAGGCGGUCCGGCGCCGCGCGACACCAGGCUCCGAACCGACUGCACGGGUGGGACUGAACUGACCUGAAAAAAUGUCUGGAUUUCUAGAAGGCUUGAGAUGCUCAGAAUGCAUUGAUUGGGGGGAAAAGCGCAAUACUAUUGCUUCCAUUGCUGCUGGUGUUCUAUUUUUUACAGGCUGGUGGAUUAUCAUAGAUGCAGCUGUUAUUUAUCCCACUAUGGAAGAGUUCAACCACUCAUACCAUGCCUGUGGUGUUAUAGCAACCAUAGCCUUCCUAAUGAUUAAUGCAGUAUCAAAUGGACAAGUCCGAGGUGAUAGUUACAGUGAAGGUUGUCUGGGUCAAACAGGUGCUCGGAUUUGGCUGUUCAUUGGUUUCAUGUUGGCCUUUGGAUCUCUGAUUGCAUCUAUGUGGAUUCUCUUUGGAGGUUAUGUUGCUAAAGAAAAAACCAUAGUAUACCCUGGAAUUGCUGUAUUUUUCCAGAAUGCCUUCAUCUUUUUUGGAGGACUGGUUUUUAAGUUUGGCCGUACUGAAGACUUAUGGCAGUGAAAACAUCUGCUUUCCUACAGCACAGCAACCCUGCAUGGGUUUUUUUGUCUUUUUGGUUUUUUUACUGCUCACUCCCAAUAUUUUGUAAUGCUGUUUUCUAAACUUAUUUCUCAGUGUAGCCUCAGCUUAAAGUUAUGUAAUACUAAAAUCAUGAGAACUCCCUAUUUAAACAACCACCAAAAAAAUCUCUUGUGGUAUAUGCUUGAUUAACUUAUAAAAUGUUAAAAGAAACUAUGUCACAUGAGUAAUUUUUGUCCAGUUUUAUCAUCGUAUAAUUUGUAAAAAUAAAAAUAAAUUACAAAAGAAAUUAUGGAUUCACCAA